UAGCAGGCGCUGUGUUUACAUCGUCGACUAGGUUAGGUUGUCAUCUGCUUCAGUUUGUCCACUGCAGAAACUGUAUCAUUUCUUUGACAUUCCACGAAGGGAUUUAAUGUAAUCCUGAUUAACUUUGCUUCGAUUAUUGGUUUCAUUGGUUUUCAUCAUGGGAGCCAUUUUCGGAAAGCAGAAGGUUAAAAGCCGGGUGACAGAACAGGACAGAGCUAUUUUGCAAUUAAAACAACAAAGAGACAAACUGAAACUUUACCAGAAACGUAUUCAGAGCACGUUAGAUAAGGACACAGAGAUUGCUCGUACACUUCUACGUGAUGGAAAGAAAGAUCGUGCGAGGCUUAUACUUCGUAAAAAGAAAUACCAGGAGCAGCUUCUGUCAACUGCGGAUAGUCAAUUGGAGAACUUGGAGAAGCUUACGCAUGACUUGGAGUUCGCUGUCAUUGAAACACAAGUUAUUGAUGGUCUCAGAAUCGGUAAUGAAGCUUUGAAGAAAGCUAAUGCUGUGUUUAGUAUUGAUGAGAUCGAACAAAUCAUGGAUGAGACUCGAGAAGGCGUGGAAAAACAGAAGGAGAUUGAUGAAAUGAUAAGUGGUGCACUCAGCGAUCAAGAUGAGGAGGAUGUUUUGGCUGAACUUGAUAGUAUUAUCAAAGAGCAGACAAAACAGGCUGAACCAGCCGCAACUGAAGAUGAAGAUAUGGAGGAGCUUCCAGAUGUACCGUCUGAGGAUCCAGAAGAACGUGCAGCCGCAAAGAAAAAGGAAAAGGUCAGCAGGCACAAGGAGAAGGUUGCCGUCGAAGCAUAGCCCCAUUCCUGGCACUGCUACAAAGACAAUCUGGCACUCAGUUGAUCUCGUCCAAGUGUGCUUUGAUUGUAUGUGCUGUUGAACCGUCCUAGUUUGUGUCGGUUCUUUCAGUGAAUUCUUUUUUAAAAUUCCUCUUCUAUUUGUCUGAAAGAACAGCUUGCAUGUCCUGAUGCUUGUAGAAAACUUCUGACAGAUAUGAAUGGAGUCUUUAUGAAACGCCUGUGUGAUCCUCUCUUGUCAUUUGCUUUUUUGUUUGCUGACCACUUUGUUAUCUUCAUUUGUUAUUCUAUGUGUGUUAUUUUAAUUGUAAGAUGCCCUCAGAAAUCUUUGACUUUACUUAUUUCAAUCAAAUGCAAAAUUAAUGGGAUUUGAUUGUCAACACAAAAGAAUAAUUGAACUAUAGAAAGCUAAAAAAUAAUAUGAAGUAAUUAUCUCUAAUGUAGGCCAGCCUCAGUUGGAAACCAGACAGCAAAAGUUAAGUCUGAUUUUAUAAUUAUUUAUUUUAUUGCCUCUCCCAACUUUUAAAAAUCAAUUUAUGCUAUUUUAAUGAUAAUAAUAGUAGUAGAAGAGGACUCUAUGUAUAUUCGACAGGAUUCUGUCCAUUCUGUAUUUUUCUAUGCAAGUUAUUUUAUAUUGUUAAGAGAAUCAUGUAAUUUUUUUUUGUUCUUGUACAUUUUUACAUGUUCUGUGCUUUCAACAAUUUGUGUUGUAAAUAGAAUGGAUGCAUUUUAAAAGGG